AUGUUGUGUCUCGGAGGACUUUUGUCCAUCACCACAGCAUUUGGAAUGUCCUCCAAAACAGCCAGUGCAUCUCUGGUUAUAAACAUCUUUGCUCUUACUCCAGUGGUCUUCGCAACUCCCGUUGACCUACCAACCCAUAACGUACCACGUUAUCCUAUUGUCCCUCUAAGACGUCGGAUUACCAUCGACGGCCGUGAGAUCGAACUCACCGGCACCGACGAGGUCCAUAACCACUCUCAAUACAAUACCCCUUUAACUAACUAACACCUCACACCAGGAACAAGAAGCCGAACUCCUCUCCCGAUUCCCCGAUUCCAACCUCACAAGCCUCUCCUACAACCCCGACGGCGAGCAAAAGCGGGCGGAGCUCAAAAAACGCGCCAAAGUAUUUCACUACACCUCUCCCUUCCCCACAAAAUUCACAUCUCAUCUUCUAAGGAUAAAUUCACUGACCAAAUAUCAUGAACCAGGCCAAUGCCAAUUGCUGCAGAAACAUGCCCUCUCGAACCUGGAAAGGCGCAGAUACCGACAAAGCCCGGGAAUGUGUCGGCCAUCAACUCAGCUUCUACGGAAGUUGUUACGUCAACGGGUUGAGUUGUACCCGCCUUAGAUGUCUACGUGGCGUUGGCUUAUUCUUAUGUAACGACGUGAGUCCGUCCUUCCAUAGUUAAGUACGGGUUGAAAGAUGAACAAUACGCUAAUGAGCCCUCCUGCUCAGAACCACUACGAAAUCCAUCCGAAUUGCGAUUUCAUGGGUACGUAUGGUGACUCGCUCAUCGCGCAAUGUACGUGGGCCACGGGCGGGGGAACGUGUGGACAGAUGUUUGAUACGGAUGGAUAUAAUAUUAUUCUGAAGGAUGGAUGUGAUUUGGAGGGUGUGCCUGAUGUUGUGAAUGGUGGUUCGGGUUGGUAAUUUGGGGGAUGGGGAUGUUUGCUUGUAAUAUCAGUCAGUAGUCACCUUUUUGGGGUUUUAAG